AUGUCGCCGCCGCCGCCGCUCCAGGCGCCGGACUACAAGUACGUCACGGAGGAGUGCCUCCGCGAGUGGAAGGGCCAGUCCGCCGCCGCCUUCCGCCUCCCCGAUCCGGUCCCCAUGCCGCGCUUCCUCUACGAGCUCUGCUGGGCGGUGGUGCGGGGGGACCUGCCGCCGCACAAGUGCCGGGCGGCGCUGGAUUCGGUGGUCUUCGUGGAGGAGCCGUGGCAGGAGGAGUCCGGCUCCGUGCUCGCCGACAUCGUCGCGCACCUAGGGCAGGAUAUUACAAUUUCUGGUGAAUACCGCAACCGUCUUGUCAAAAUGACUAAGUCAUUCGUGGAGUCUUCGUUGAUUAUGCCUAGGCUUCUUCAAGAGCGAUGUGAAGUGAGAAGAAUUCCUAUGGGAGGUUGA